AUGUGGUUUGUUGUCAACUUCACAAAAGACAACACAGUUGACGUUGUUCCAAGUAGUUGGUACAAAAAUGGGUUGUGUGCUUGGCCAAUAAAAUGUUCCAAUACAAAAAAAAUUAUACAAAAAAAAUUACCACCAAACAAAAAAGAAUUUAAAUGGCAUAUUGCUAGAAAGCUGGGAUCCUGUUACGAUACUUACGAAGAAGCGAAAUACAAGGCUAAAAUUGCUCAAGAAUCUUCUGAUCUAUCAGGAACUGAACAUGUAUUAAAAGACCGUAAAGUAAGAGCCAAAAUGAUUGAUAAUUCACCAUCACCGUCACCAAAAAAAAAAGCUAUUAAAAGUCCACCUGAUAUAUUUUUGAACAAAAGUAUAGUUGGUAAAUGUGAAUCAAACGAUGACUCAGAUUUAGAUCCAGAUUACACCAUACACAUAGAUACAAGUCCAAUAUUUUUAAAUGAUGAUAAUGAUUAUAAUGAUAACUCUCCAAAAAGAAAAUCUUUGAGUGGAACAAAAAUAUCAGAUUCUCAACCAUUGAAACCACAAAAAAAGUUUCUAAGUCAUACCCAACCUACUAAAGCUUCAAAAUCCAAAAAUUUAUUUGAUACCUUAUUGGAAAUAGAAACAUCGCCUCAAUUACAGUCCACUAGUAAAACAGCAAUUCCAAUAAAAAGAAAACUUUUUGAUGAUAAAUUGUUGAAAUCAAAUAGCUAUAGUAAAUCUAAAACUGCAAUUGAACCUACAGCAAUAAUGUCAGUGGCUGAAUUUCAAAAAUAUGUAGUGAACACGAUGUCCGUCAUGAAAUAUGACAUAAAUUGUUGUAUAUCUACUAAUCAACUUAUGAAUGCUAAUAUAAAUACAUUGCUGGAAAAUAUAAAUAAAAAUUCAAUUUCGGUAUCAGAUGAUGGUAUUAAUGACUAUGACUUGAACAAUAUAUUUCCAAUAGAGUGUCAUGAAGCACUACAAGAAUUUGAACUGAAACUUCAAAAAAAUGAAAACAACUUUAAAACUAUUAUGGUACGCAAAUUGUCAUUGCUCAUUACUAAUAAAAGUGUAGGUGACUCACUGAGGCGUGUUAUGUCCAGAAUGUUUGAUGACAAAGUUCUUGAGGAUUAUUCAACUUAUGGUUUCAAAAAAAAAUUGAGGUUUUCUUCAUUAUAUUCUUAUCGGCUUCUUAUUGAUAUAUUGAGGACCAAUAUCAAAUACAAAACGGUACCAGAAAAAGACGUUGAUAAUGAAAUUGGAACAUGGCUAGCUCAUGCACGUAAAAAGGUAAAAACUGGUGCUUUGAGCUAA